CCCAUCCAACCCCAAGCAUUUUGCCGACGUCAGCGGAAACCCAUUUCUCGAAAGAGAGGUAUGCGCCACUCAACGGCACACGCCACAGACGGCCCCACUUCAACAACAGUGGCUGGCGCUGACACUUUAGUUCACCAUGAAGUGUCGCAUCUUUUGCGCGGUACUGCUAGGUACGCUACUAGCACCUUUCGUCCACUCGUGGGACCUACGCACGAUUGGGAUCGAUCGGUUCCGCGUGCGGCACGUAUCACUGUACCACUCGAGGGCGUUCCUAACGAUUGAGUCAUCGAACGUGUCGCUGGUGGAAGCGAGCUGGCCCGAAACCGUCGGCUACCAGUGGUCGCGCGUGCUCUCAACCGACGGCGAUGAACGAGGAUCGUGCCGCGGGUUGACGAACGUGCUGGGUACUGAUAUCGAUCGGUUGGCACGGCUGUGGGUGUUGUGUGGCGCUGGGGAGAACGCCUGCCCCCCGAAGCUGGUCAUCCGUAGCUUGCUGAGUCCGGGCACGGGUGAGAUCCAGCACCGAUUUCCCACAGCUGACGCUGACCAACAACGGUUCCAUGCGAUCGUGGUCGACCCGGUACCGGCAAGCGACGGUGACACACGUGCGUUCAUCACGCUGUUCGAUCAGGACUACGUGCUGCUGUACUCGCUGUUCAAGCGCUCCAUCGGCAAGCUACAAUUUCAAAAAAGCGACCAAACCUCACUGCAUCCGAUCUCACUGUCAGAAGUAACGGUCAACCUGAACCGGCUGUACGUGGCCGACACUGUGAGCGAUCGGCUGUUUGCCCUGCCCAUCCGGAACCUGCGCCAGCUCGCUUUCCCGGAGGACGGUGUGCGGAAGAUUAUCAUGAAAACGAACGUCACCUAUCUCGGGCGGCUGCUCGGGCGGCCCGCCGGGCUGACGCUGGAUUUCCGUAACAAUCUUCUGUAUGUGCUGCAACGUGACGGUGCGAUCGUGAAGUGGACGCCGGGCCGCUCGCUGAAGGCCGAAAACCAUCGCGUCAUACUCCAGCAAGGCACGAACAUUACGCAGAUCAUUCUUGGAAUUGGUGGCAAAGCGUGGGCUGUGUCCGGGGAGUACAUAUCCGAGGCUUCUAGGCGGCACUGUCUGAAGAUCGUUGUUUAGGAAGACUGCUGUCGAAAAAAGAGAAAGAAAACUGUGAUAAAGCGUAAAUAAAGUGUGUUUGUAGAUUAAACA